GGGUUAACCGCCGCGCCAUUUUCCUCCAUUUAUCCACCUGGCUAGCUUCUUCAAACGUCUUCGUGUUUCGGGUCGUCGGGGAGGAUACAAACAACGGUUUACUAUAGCUAGUUGAAUUCUAUCCCGUUCCCGUCGACAUGGACGAGGAAUAUUAUAGCGGCGCGGGGGACUGGGAAGGCCCGGACGCUAACACGGCAGAGAAGAGCCAGACCCCUAACCCCCAUCAUGUGCUCGUUCUACAGAGGGCCCAUAGAGAGCAUCUUGACCAACUGCAUCACUGUGUGGUACGGAGCCUGCACCGCAUCAUGCCGCAAGACUCCCCAUCGCAUAGUGAGGGCAGCUGAGAAGAUCAUCGGAACCUCUCUUCCCUCCCUGCGGGACAUUUACAGCACCCGCAAAGCCCUCCGCAUAGCGGGGGAUGCCACCCAUCCGUCACACAGCCUCUUCAGUCUGCUGCCAUCAGGGAGGAGACUGCGGAGUCUGCGGGCCAGGACUAGCUGACUCAAAGACUCUUUUAUUCAUCAGGCUGUCAGGAAGCUGAACUCGCUGCCUGCUCUGCCCCCUCUACCUCUUCUGUCGUCUGCCUACCUGACUUCUGAACUCUGACGCCCCGCAAACAUGAGGAUGCAUAUGUUGACAUUGAAAAUUUGGGGAAAAUCCAAGAGGAUUGUCUGAAGAAAUUUUCCAGCAGGGAUUACAUCAUGGAGCCUGCCAUCUUUAACACCCUCAAAAUGUAUUUCCAGGCGGGUGGUUCUCCAGAACACGUCAUCCAGCUUCUGUCGGAAAACUACUCUGCCGUAGCUCAGACUGUUAAUUUGCUGGCUGAGUGGCUCAUCCAGAUGGGUGUCGAACCAGCACAAGUACAAGAGCGAGUUGAAAAUCACCUGAAGAGUCUGCUGAUAAAACACUUCGACCCCCAGAAAGCAGAUUCCAUUUUCACCGUAGAGGGAGAGACUCCUGCUUGGCUGGAGCAGAUGAUCGCUCACACAACUUGGCGAGACCUCUUCUACAAGCUGGCCGAGGCUCAUCCCGACUGUUUGAUGCUCAACUUCACUGUGAAGCUGAUUUCAGAUGCAGGUUACCAGGGGGAGAUCACCAGUGUGUCGACAGCAUGCCAGCAGCUGGAGGUUUUCUCUCGAGUGUUGAGGACAUCUUUAGCCACGCUGCUGGAUGGAGGAGAGGAGAACUUGGAGAAGAACCUGCCAGAAUUUGCUAAAAUGGUGUGUCACGGUGAGCACACUUACCUCUUCGCUCAGGCUAUGAUGUCAAUCCUGGCCCAGGAGGAGCUGGGUGGCUCCGCUGUGCGCCGGAUUGGUCAGGAAGUGCAGAAGUCGGCACACAAGAGGGGCCACGAUGCCAGUCAGAUAACGCUGGCGCUGGGUACAGCGGCAGCCUACCCCCGUGCCUGCCAGGCGCUGGGUGCCAUGUUGUCCAAGGGAGCCCUGAAUCCGGCCGAUAUCACAGUGCUGUUUAAGAUGUUCAGCAGCAUGGACCCGCCUCCUGUGGAGCUGAUCAGAGUGCCUGCUUUUCUGGACCUCUUCAUGCAGUCGCUGUUCAAGCCCGGCUCUAAGAUUAACCAAGACCACAAGCACAAAUACAUCCACAUCCUGGCCUACGCUGCCAGCGUGGUUGAGACAUGGAAAAAGAACAAGCGAGUCAACAUAAAUAAGGAUGAACUAAAAUCAUCCUCCAAGGCCAUCGAGACGGUGCACAACCUUUGCUGCAACGAGAACAAAGGCGCCACAGAGUUGGUGGCUGAGCUUGGCACUCUGUACCAGUGCAUACGGUUCCCAGUGGUGGCCAUGGGAGUUUUGAAGUGGGUUGACUGGACCGUGUCCGAGCCGCGCUACUUUCAGCUACAGACCGAUCACACUCCGGUCCACUUGGCUCUGCUGGAUGAGAUCUGCACGUGUCACCAGCUGCUGCAUCCUCAGGUCCUCCAAUUACUCAUCAAGCUCUUUGAGACGGAACACUCGCAGCUCGACGUCAUGGAGCAGUUGGAGCUCAAGAAGACCCUCCUGGACCGGAUGGUGCAUCUGCUGAGUCGUGGUUACGUCCUGCCUGUGGUUGGCUACAUUCGCAAGUGUCUGGAGAAGCUCAACACUGACAUCUCCCUCAUUCGCUAUUUUGUCACAGAGGUCCUGGAUGUGAUUGCACCUCCGUACACGUCCGACUUCGUUCAGCUCUUCUUACCCAUCCUGGAGAAUGACAGCAUCGCAGGAACAAUCCGCACAGAAGGAGAACAUGACCCCGUCGCGGAGUUCAUUGCUCAUUGCAAGUCAAAUUUCAUCAUGAUUAAUUGAGGACAUUCUGCACCAUAAAGAUCUGAUGAAGAACACCUCUUGGACCAGUCUGAUGAUGCAACUUAGGACUUUUCUGGCCAUUGAGGUCAACUUCUUGAUCUGAUCAGAUGAUAUGGCUGCAAGAGAUGUGGAUUCUUGUAAAUUUCAUUUUCUACAGUAUAGCUUUCUCUCUCAUCACAGUGAGUAAGUGAGAAGGUCACAUAGCAUCACUUUGAAGACUGAUGUCAGCAUCUUCAUAUUGUGAGAAAAGACUUGAAUCACAAGGUUUGUAGUGUAAGGCACACUUUAAUCAGCUGUGUAGGACUCACAAAGCAGCAGAACGUGACAGUGGUUCAGCAUGCAUUUCUAAAUGUUUUUUUUAUUUUAAGACGCAAAGCAGCAUUUUGAUUUUUAUAAGUCAGCCAGUAUUUUCUAUUAAGUGUGGGAAUUUUGCUUUGUCACAUCUCAUCCUGAUAAUUUAACAUUUUACCAUUUAAGACUGUUCAACAGUCUCUGAAAAUCAAACUGUGCCAUUCAUUUGGCACUCAAAUUUAAAAUACAUUUUACACAGAAAAAUAAUUAAACAUUCCCUUUUCAGUUAUGAUUAAAAUGUAUCCACAGAGUCCUGAUAUGUCUAGACUCAGUAGUCUUUAGGGACUAUAGGGUCUCCAUAGGCACAGUCUGUCUCCAGUGCGAGGUUGUAGGAACUGCCACUUCCUCCCUUGUAAGCGCUGGUGACGAUCCUUAGCCAGCCGUUCUCACCCUGACAACGACAACAUUUUUCAACACCAAACCAUCACAUGCUCAAAUAAUAUUACAUUGUACUUGUUCGGACAAGCGCUUACCCAUGGCUCUCCCCAGGAGUUCCUUACAAUCCAGUGCUCCAAGCCGUUCUCAACUCCCCAUCCCGCCACUGACACAAUGUGGUUCACAAUGGGGUUCUCAACGUACUCAGAGAAGAGGCCACCGUUGUAAGUGUCCAGUUUGGCUGUCGCCAUGAUCCCACAGCUAAAAGCCACAAUUAUCACAGAUUACUUGCAAAUAAUACAAUGAUGCUGCUCUGGCAUGAGGACAUGCUCAUACAGGUGUGUUUCAAGCCAUUGGAAUAUUGUAGAAAAAAAUAUUUCAGUACAGUAGCUCAAUUAAAAAAGUGAAAUUCAUAAAUUCAACAUACACAGAGAGGAAAUAUUUUUUUUGGGUAUAAUUUCGAGUAGGGCUACAUGAUAUUAGGCGGAAAAAAUGACUGCAAUUUUCUUUUGUUCUUUUUAAAUCUGUGAUAUAUAUUGACGUGAUUGGUCCCACUGCUGGUCACUUUUAAUAUUACAGUUGGUUCACUGUAUAUUACAGUACACCAACAUUGCAGCAGAACCUGCGCUGUGACUAUUGUACAAAUCCAAUUUCCAUCCAUCCAUCCAUUUUCUGAGCCGCUUCUCCUCACUAGGGUCGCGGGCGCGCUGGAGCCUAUCCCAGCUGUCAUCGGGCAGGAGGCGGGGUACACCCUGAACUGGUUGCCAGCCAAUCGCAGGGCACAUAGAAACAAACAACCAUUCGCACUCACAGUCAUGCCUACGGGCAAUUUAGAGUCUCCAAUUAAUCCAUGUUUUUGGGAUGUGGGAGGAAACCGGAGUGCCCGGAGAAAACCCACGCAGGCACGGGGAGAACAUGCAAACUCCACACAUGCAGGACCGGGGAUUGAACCCGGGUCCUCAGAACUGUGAGGCUGACGCUCUAACCAGUUGACCACCAUGCCGCCUCCAAUUUCCAUAUUUAGUCUUUUUUUUUUUAGCUUUUUUUCACCCUAAAGCUUUUCUUAAGGUAUCCCUAGUCGCUUUUUGAAGAAUGGUCACUCAAAGGGUCAGAAAAGAUGUAAAACAUCAUGACCAAAUCACUAAGUUGGAAACGGUCAAUUCUCGCUCCUCUCUGCUCACAGCCUUGUUACUGAAAGCAGUGCAUGUAGGGAACGAUGUUUUGAACUACUGUUUGGGGACCCACAUUACCCUUUCGGCUGUGCCCGGCCGGGCCCCACGGGUGCAGGCCCGGCCACCAGGCGCUCACCUUCGAGCCCCACCUCCAGGCCCAGAGGGGGGCCCCGGUGACCCGCGUCCGGGCAAGGGAAACCUAGAUCCAUUAAUAGUUUUCAUAAUAGGGGUCUUUUAGUCCGUGCUUUGUCUGGUCCAUCACUUAGUACCCGGUUGCCGUGGGUGACUCUACCAUGGGCGUGAAGCCCCAGACAACUUAGCUCCUAGGAUUAUUGGGACACACACACCCCUCCACCAUGAUAAGGUGACGGCUUCCAGGAGGGGUGCCCGAAUAGUGGGGAUUUUAUUUUGAAAAAUAUAUGACAAUACAGGGUGCCAAUAUUUUUUAGCAUGACUGUAUACAACCAAUUGUUCCAUGCAUCAAGUGGUUCUGAGCUUUU